AACAAUAUAUGACAGACAUCAAAGAACAAACACACUGCUGCAGGCUGCAUUGGUGCAACAACACUUAUGUAUAUUGAUUAUAUUAGUGCAGUACAUUGGUCAUUUAUGUAGAUGUUCUCUGCAAUCCUCUUUCUUGAGUUGUCGUUCGCACUGGCAUCUGCCCUAUCUGUCCUCAACACAUGUGCUGUUUAGGGUGGGUCUCACUGUGUCUAUGUCAAACUGCUUUCACUGCUCCAUUAAUAAUAAAGUUCUUGCUCUGGUGCUUGCAUCUGGAUAUUGUGCUCAUUUCUUCAGCAAGGAUGGAAUCGAUGCAUCUUACACUCAUUCUCAUAGGUAUUUCGGUUUUGCAUCCAAGGAUGGAUGCUCUAGAAAAGCUUGAUGAACCGGUUCUGUCGGGUCCGUCUGAUGCAUUAGAAGGUUCAGUUGUGGAUUUCUUCUGUGGUAUUCCUGAGAAACCGGCAACGUUGUCUGUCCAAUAUGAGCUUUAUGUCGAGACAAACCCGGGUAAGAUGAUUGGGGAGUACUCCUCGCUGUCUGGAGAAUUUGCCACUUUUUCUUUGAUAAUCACCGAACAACAUGACGGUCGACUCAUCUGCAAGGCCAGCGGACACAAUGACACCGAUAUCGAGAGCUCGUUCAGUAAUGGCAUGGACUUCAGAGUCAUUGUUCCAGUGAAGGAACUGAGCAUCAUUUCACAUCCUUACAUUGAGAACAUAUGGGAAGGACAAACUUUGACCCUCCAGUGCACAAAAACCAAAGGAACGUACGUCUCCUAUGAUUGGCUCUGGAACGACGCAGCAGUUCAGAUGCCGUACGACAGGAAUAACGACACUCUGACCAUCCACAGGGUUUCUGCACAAAAUGCAGGCAAUUACAUGUGUGUGGCAUCAAACCAAUACAACGACACAACGAUCUUCAACUCCAGCAGUGGUGUGACUGUGUCCAUCCUAGAAUAUGUGUCAAAGCCUGAAUUCUCCUUUGAUGUUGUGAAGCUUGAGGAUGGAGGUUAUAAAGCCAUCAUCAUGUGUCAGUCUAAGAAAGGAACGCCGCUCAACACCUUUAGCCUGUUGAACCACACUGACCUCAUCGCCACCGAAACGACCAACACAACCAGUGCGUUCUUUAACAUGCCCAUCGAGCUGAACCGUUACAUGGGACAAAUGAGAUGUAACGCCAGCAACGAGGGCAACUGGGUUCUGAGUGACCCGUACAGCUUGACCGUGGAGUCUGUAGGAGGCGCUGUAACGGUGACGCCCUUCAAACAAGUGGGUCUGGACUUCCAGGUGGUCAACGUGGAACUGCACUGUAAGGUGGAGCGGGGAACGUUUCCACAGUACAGCUGGUUCCUCAACGACAGCAGGCUGCUGGGCCGAAGAGGUUUCUACGCAGACGAAUCCGUUCUGUCUCUGUCUGUAGGUCGAGACAGCGCUGGAUUCUACCACUGCCAAGCUUCAGACAGAUUCGACAACAGCACCAGCAUCCGCAGCCCAAAGAUGCUGAUCAGUAAAGAGGCACUGAACACAGUCUCUCCUUUGGUUGUGAUCGUUGUUUUCACCUCUUUUGCCCUGCUGAACGUCGCUGUGAUAGCUUGCUGUAUUUAUGGAGUUGUGCUACGGAGAAGAUAUUCAAGAAAAUACCCACUCACUGAACAACGCCGAAAAAUGAGAAUCACUGAUAAACAGGAAGAUGAAGAAGAGGAGGAUGAAGAUUAUCUAAUAUUGGAGGGUUAUGAGGAAGACGUUGUCCAAGCGGACAGAUUGAGUGGCUCUGCUGAGGAUGAAGACCAAUCCGUGGAUGAAAGCGUUCUGUAUGAAGGCGCGGUUUCAGAAUAAUUCCUGGGUUUUCUGGGAGUUUAAUCAGAUCCACUGAAACUGAAAGCGUUUGGUUGCCUUCACUUAUCCGUUGCAUGUUAUUCUGUUCAGACAAAGGUUUAUUCAAACCGAAACAAUAGACAAGCGCUCAUGGGUUGACAUGACUGUGACCAAUCAGAAGCAAAGACAGCCAACAAUGUGUCUACUGUCAGAUUCAUGUCAAAUAAGAGUGUGUUUGUACCUACUUAACUGUAUUUUGGAGACAAAUUCCCUGCUGAAAAAAACAAUAGAAACCAUCACAGAAAUGUUUAAUGGUUUCCACUACAAAUA